AUUCGGGCCAUUCCAAAAUUACAAUCGACCCCCAGAAACUGUUCACUCCGACUCGCCGAUGCUAUGUACAAUCUGAUUUAUUUUCAGCAUUAAAUAUCAGUGCCUUGACCCACAAGUACUUAAAUGUACUCGACUAUCACCAUGGAUUGAUGUUUAUUAGCAUCACCCGAACUUAAUCAUGCCUUCUGAGCCAGAUCGUCGAACCCUCCUCAUUCCUGUAAACCUUGGCUCGCCUGCUCAAUAUGAUAGAUCCAUCUUCCCUCUCAUGAAGCUGAAGGAUCAAAGCGGUCUCGCACAAGCUGAUCUAGUCCUGGAAGCCACAUUGGACGAGGUAUUCAGGAUACGUGAGAUGGCCGCUGAUAAGACACAGUUCCAAGACCUACUUGCUGCGACUAAGCUCGCGUAUGACAAACUGGUUCUUGAACGGGAUAGACUAGAACAACAAAAGAAAUCAAUCAACCCGGUGAAAUUAUUCUCAGCAUAUCGUUCGACUCGGUUGCUUGUGGAAGCAGGAAAAAAGUUGUACACGAACACUAGGACCACAUCGGAGAGGAUACGAAGGCAAUUACUUUCUGUUGCCUCGACAAAUGUUGAGCGUGUAGAAUAUGAUGACCUGUCACCCGAUGCUCAGAUUAGCGGAAUCGCUGUUCCAUUGGAUGAGCCGUUGGAUGAGCCCACAGCUUCAUUUUUCACCGAAGCUGCAGAUUUCAUUAUAUCCCAAGAGGACCCGCCUUCCCAGGAAAACCCAUUUACCGAUCAUUUUCAAGUAGAAGGCUUUGGAGCUAGUGCGGGAACUGAACCCAAUUCUACUGCAGCUUCGGCAACCGGCAAUGUUGCCUGACCAAGUAGUUCUCGCCCUUCCGAAGAAUACCCGCCGGGAUCUGGUGCGACUAUUUUAUUUUCAAUAAUAAAUAUAUUGCCUCGAGAUCUGUCAUGAACACACCAACUUUGAACCAUAGUAGGUUGCAUAACCAAGGGUCGUGUUCGUACCCUCCCCAUUUACCUUGUGUUGUUGUGAUUUAAUCAAUUACUUUACUUCAGCUGCUCGCCGCUGA